CCAAAACACUUUGUCUUGUCAUUUUAUAUUUUGUGUUUGAUUCGUGCUUGUAUGUGUGAGAGCGAAAAUUGACAAAAAUUGGGGAGAAAUAUAUGUUAAGUUGUCCUAUAAGAAGAUGAGGCUUUUUGGUAGAACCAAUAGGAGUUAGAGUAUCAAGAAAAUUUUGCGAACGAGAGUCGUCAUCACAAUCGAGAUUACAAUGUUGAAGGAGAAAGGGCAGUUGAAGUUCGAGGACAAAUGGCCUAACAUGAGACCUAUUGUCCUGAAGCUCCUCAAACAAGAGCCAGUGUCACCUGGAGAAUGGCAGGAUCUCUUCUAUGAUGUGCAUCUGGUCUGCCUGUGGGACGAGAAAGGACCUGCCAAACUGAAGGAUUAUCUGCAGGAGGACAUUGUGCAGUUCAUCAAGCAGGCUCAGAUAAGAGUUCUGGCACAGAGGGAAGAGCAGGCUCUGCUCAAGGCUUACAUAGCCGAGUGGAGAAAGUUCUUUACACAAUGCAAUUAUUUGCCAACACCGUUCAGGCAACUGGAGAAUACUUUAUUAGGGAAAUCAGGAACCUCAACUCUCUUAAGUGGAAAUGCCAAAAAGGGUCAGGCUGAUGAGAGUAUAGUAAGAAAAUUAAUGUUAGAUUCGUGGAAUGUGAGUAUUUUUAGUGAUAUUAAACAUAGGUUACAAGAAAGUGCUAUGAAACUGGUGCAUGCAGAGAGGAACGGUGAAGCAUUUGAUUCGCAAUUAGUAAUAGGUGUGAGGGAGUCUUAUGUUAAUUUAUGUUCAAAUCCUAACGAUAAGAUGCAAAUAUAUAGAGAGAAUUUCGAAUCAGCCUACAUAAAAUCGACUGAGAUGUUUUAUAGAGUGAAGGCACCAGAUUAUUUAGCAAAGAACGGAGUGCAGGCUUACAUGAAAUAUGCGGACUCUAAGUUGAGGGAGGAGGAGGCUAGGGCUCAGAAGUAUUUGGAAGCGGGCAGCAACGCGGUCAUACAGAGUUGCGUGGACGUGCUCGUCGGAAAGAAUUUGUCGGUGCUGUUGGCCGAAUGCGCCCCACUCACUAAAGCCGGCGAAACGGAUCGUCUGCAACUGAUGUUCAGAUUGUUGGAGAGAGUUCCGGAUGGGGUGCAGCCUAUGCUCAUGGAAUUGGAGCAACAUAUCACGUUGGCGGGUCUCGCCGAUAUGAUUGCGGCCGCCGACGUUAUAACCCAGGAUUCGGAGAAGUACGUCGAGCGGCUGCUGGAGCUGUUCAGAAAAUUCAGUACUCUAGUGCAUAAGGCCUUCAACGAUGAUCCCAGAUUCUUGACGGCCAGAGAUAAGGCCUUCAAGGCGGUAGUGAACGACACGAACGUAUUCAGAUUGGAAUUGAACACCGGGAAGAAUCCUGGCCCGAAGACCGUCGCUCCAGAGAGCAAGUGUCCGGAGCUGUUGGCCAACUAUUGUGAUAUGCUUCUUCGACGGACGCCCCUCUCGAAACGCCUCACCACCGAGGAAAUCGAAUCUCGAUUGAGGGACGUCCUGCUAGUGCUCAAGUACGUCUCGAAUAAGGACGUUUUCAUGAGGUAUCACAAAGCACAUUUAACUAGAAGACUGAUUUUGGACGCUAGUGCAGACAGCGAGAAGGAGGAAGACAUGGUGGAAUGGCUAAGGGAGGUCGGAAUGCCGGCAGAUUACGUGAACAAGUUGGCGAGGAUGUUCCAGGACAUCAAGGUGAGCGAGGAUUUGAAUUGUCUGUUCCGCACGUCCACUGCUCGUCACGAUGCCAUCAACAUCAAGAUACUGAACGCCGGCGCUUGGGCUCGCGGCUCGGAACGCGUGACCGUCAGCCUUCCGGUAGAGCUCGAAGACUACAUUCCAGAGGUCGAGGAGUUCUACAAGAAGAAACAUUCGGGCAGAAAAUUACAAUGGUAUCAUCAUAUGAGCAACGGCACUAUAACCUUCAUGAACGAAGUCGGAAAGUUUGAUCUGGACGUGACAACCUUCCAGAUGGCGGUGCUCUUCGCGUGGAAUCAGCGACCCCGAGACAAAGUCAGCUACGAGAAUCUCCGUCUGGCAACCGAAUUACCCGAUGCCGAACUGCGAAGGACCCUUUGGUCCUUGGUGGCGUUCCCUAAACUUAAGAGGCAGCUAUUGCUGUUAAGCCCCGCCGUUUCGGGCUCCAAAGACUUUACAGAGCACACGCUCUUUUGGAUCAACCAGAACUUCUCACUGAUCAAGAACGGAAAACCCCAGAGGCGCGGAAAGGUUAAUUUGAUCGGAAGACUCCAGUUGAGCACGGAGCGAUCGCAGCUCGAGGAUAAUCAGUCCAUCGUGCAGCUGAGAAUAUUGCGAACGCAGGAGGCGAUCAUAAAGAUACUCAAGAUGCGGAAGCGGAUCACGAAUGCCGCUCUGCAAACGGAACUCGUCGACAUCCUGAAAAACAUGUUCCUACCAUCCAAGAAGAUGAUCAAGGAGCAGCUGGAAUGGCUCAUCGAACACAAGUACAUGAAGCGCGACGAUGACGACAUCAACACGUUCAUCUAUAUGGCGUGAAUGAACGACGACGAAUCCGUUCCUCCGUUUCAUCUCUAUACUAUUAUUAUUUUUUUUUGUUUAUUAUUAUUUUAUUUAAUUAUUAGUUUUUAUCGUGGUUACUGCGUGGAAGUUGUGCUCCGGUUUCAAAAGAAAUGAAAGGAGGAAACCUUUACAUUUCUCCCAUAAUCACCAUACGUUUAUUUUAAUUAUUGUAAAUUUUUUAGCAAUUGUACAGGAAAGAAUACUGCAGAAAAGGAAAAACAACAAACUAUAUAAAGUGAAAUAAAAAUAA